GCAAAAGAUUUAACUGAUGAUUUGCGGGCUGUGCUCCAGCGCGCCUUUGGCAUGUUUGAAGAAGACGGCUACAUCGACACCGAUAAGGUUUCCGUGAUUCUCAAGACCUUGGGACAUGCUUACGACAAGCAUGAAUUGGCCAAAGCCAUCAAGGAGGAGGAUGAGGACGACUCGGAGCAGCUGGAUUUUGAUCAAUUUUGUCGCGUAAUUUGCAUUUUUAUUCAUGACGUCGACGAGGAAGUCGAUGACGAGGUUUUGCAACAAGAAUUGAAGGAAGCUUUCCGCUUGUACGACAAACAAGGCAAUGGAUAUAUUCCAACGUCGUCGUUGAAGGAAAUCCUUGGGGCGCUUGAUGAUCAAUUGACGAGCGACCAGUUGGAUGAAAUGAUUACCGAAAUCGAUACCGAUGGUUCGGGAACUGUAGAUUUCGAUG